AUCUAGAUCUCUAGAUCUACUUCCGUAAUAACAAAACAUUAAACACAUUUCAAAUAGUGGUAACCUAGUUCUUAGUACAAGAUCUAGCAGGAGCUUAGACUAGAAGCAAGAGAUGCCAGAAAUUGAGUUGCAACAUAUUGUGUCAUGCAGUAGUGCAGAUAAGAAUAAUCCAGCUGAGAAUCUCCUGAAAGCUGAUGGUGCCUUUAAAUGGAAAUGUGCUUCACCAGGGGAGAAAAGUGUAUCAUGUGUGAUACAGCUUUGCAAGUCUACAAAAAUUCACUCCAUCGACAUUGGCAAUGAGGGGUCUGCUUUUGUUGAGGUUCUGGUUGGACAGGCAACGGCAGCAUCAGACAGAGAUUUCCAGGUUUUAUUAGUUGCCUCAUCUUUCAUGAGUCCACUAGAGAGUAGGAACAGCACAAACAGAAAUGCAGUCAGAAUGUUCGGCCCAGACAAACUCAACAAAGAGACAUCAGGCCAGAAAUGGGACAGGGUCAAAAUUGUCUGCUCACAGCCAUUCUCUAAAACAUGCCAGUAUGGUCUCUCAUUCAUCAAGCUCCACUCACCACCCAGUGAAAGCAAAGAUACUGCCCAAGCUAAAGUAAAAAAACUGGGGGCCUUUACCAUCAGGGACAGUGAAGAGGAUGAGAUCAAAGUUGGCUCGUUAUUUGCCAGCAGGGCACACAAGGAAUCCAGCCCACCCCCCACCCCUAAAGGUGCAGCUGCAGUACGUGCAGCCAACAAAUUGGUGCAGGAUGUGAUAAAGACAACUGCCUUACCAUUACCACCAGCUAAAAGACAAGCAACAUCACCACCUCCAGAGUCUUCAAAAGCAAAGACCAUAAAACCAGAGCCCAAGAAAGUAGAGAGCACUAAAGAUCCAGAGCCCAAGAAAGUAGAGAGCACUAAAGAUCCAGAGCCCAAGAAAGUAGAGAGCACUAAAGAUCCAGAGCCCAAGAAAGUAGAGAGCACCAAAGAGCCAAAGAAAGAGGAGAGUGAUGGAGAAGAGAGUGAAGAGCUGCCAGCUAGAGCAGCCCUGAAGAGACAGUCAACCAGCCUCAGCUCAGUGGCCAGCUCAGUCAACAAACCUGACAAGGGAGACAAAGCUGCAUUUAAACGCACAAGCACUGAACCUGGCACGCCUGUGGUGAAAAAAUUCCAUCAAAUUCUGGAGGGUGUUGUGUUUGUCUUGAGUGGAUUUCAGAACCCUUACAGAGGGGAUCUAAGAGACAAAGCUUUAGAGAUGGGAGCCAAGUACAGGCCUGACUGGGGCAGAGGAUGCACACACUUGAUAUGUGCUUUCACCAACACCCCCAAGUAUCAGCAAGUUUCAGGGAAAGGGAAGAUUGUCACCAAAAGUUGGAUUCUUGACUCGUAUAAGCAGAAGAAAAAGAUGCCAUGGCGCAAGUAUCGUUUAGGGGAUGCUGCUUCACCCCCAGACAGCUCUGAUGAAGAGGUCAACACAAAAAAGAAUGACAAAACUGUAGACACAACAGCCAAGCCACUAGGGACCAAUGCACAACAAAAAACAGGAACUUCAUUUGUUGAUUCAGGAGGUGACACAGAUGAUGAGCAGGGCAGAUCAAAUGAGAGAAAGACUUCCAGCCCAGGAAGUGAAGCCUCCAGCAGACAGCAGGACGUGUAUGGCUGCUCUACAGAUGAAGAUGACAUCAAGGACAGGACCAGUUCUCCUGACAGCGCAGACUCUGGUCUGCCUGACCUCCCAGACUUUUUCACUGACAAACAUUUUUUCUUGUACGGAGAUAUUGAGGCCACAGAGCUGAGGCUCCUGACUAGAUAUAUUGCUGCUUACAAUGGUGAGGUAGAAGACUACAUGAACAAAAAAGUUAACUAUGUCAUUACAUCCAAGAAAUGGGACGAGAACUUCAACAUGGCCAAGUCUGAGAACCCCCAAGUAAUUUUUGUGAAACCCGAAUGGAUUUUGGCCUGUCAUGAGAAGGGUGUAUUGCUGCCUCACCAGUCCUUUGGUGUUGCUCCAUAGGGCCUUACAUCUGUCCUUACACAUUACACUCCACCUGUGAUUUACAUCUGUCCUUACACAUUACACUCCACCUGUGAUUUACAUCUGUAAAUACACAUUACUGAUGUAACCCGCCUUUCCAUACCUCAGUUUGCCAUUAUGAGUCAUCCCUUGAUGAUGUCCACACAGAAGGGUUAGGGCUUCUGAAAAAAAGAUUUACUUCUAGUGCUUUUAACUUUGGCAGUUUGGAUGAAAUUCAAGUCCAUGUAGUGAAUUUUAACAAUUUACAUGGAUAAUCUAUAGUAAACACAACACUAUCUUACAUAGAAAACAAGUCAAAUCAAAUUAACAAUUUACAUGGAUUUUCUAUAGUAAACAAGACAUUUUAUCUUAUAUAGAAAACAAGUCUAACCAAACUGCAGCAUUGUGUUCAAAUGGAAAACACAGCUCAAUGGGUAACAAAAGAUUCAAAUCUAUCUCCAUGGUAACUAGCAGUAAAUAAAAUCAGUAAAAGGGUCAUGAACUCUUUGUGCCAAUAAGACUCAUUUAAUGUAGAUCAACAACAAGAAGUAAUUUCUUGGCAAACAUUAUUUCCAUGAGACUCUGCAUCAGUUUAUGAUUGCAACUGCAGGUAAUUAAUAAAAUAAAAGUAGUAUACAACAGACAACAUUUAUUCAUUAAAAUCAUAUUUUUCUCAACACAUUCUCGAUUCUUUUUUUUUUUUGAUAAUUUAAUAGCAGUAACUUUACAAAAAGAAUAAACCACUAUACAUGUUAUGAACAUGUAUAAUACUUGUUAUACAGUUAAUGGAAGUAAGUGUUCAUAGAUUUUUUAAUGGCCACAACAGUGGGUGGGGGCUUAUCAUUUAGGACAGGGGUCUCCAAACUUUUCAGUCAGAGGGCCGCAUUAACCAUCAAAUUUCAGUUCGUAGGCUAGUUUCUUCCAAAAAAAGACAAAAAGAUCUCAGCGGGCCGGAUGAGAGGACAUCGCGUGCCGCAUACGGCCCGCAGUUUGGAGAUCCCCGAUUUAGGACAUCACAAAAGGACAACCACUAACACAUGUACAAACUUUUAAAAAAUCUCUUUGGGUGCUGAAUGUACUGUGAAAAUGUCUCAUUGUUAAGAAAAAAACUCUUGGGUGCUGAAUGUACUGUGAAAAUGUCUCAUUAUGGAGAAAACCAAAGCUGUUGGAUUAGAUCUGUAGAUAUUUUUAGACCAAUUUUGUUUUUGUACAAAUAAAAGAUAACUGAAACAACA